GUCUCUUCGGCUUCCCUUCAGGUUUCAGACGGAGAGACGGAGAAAAUAUUUCAAACCGUCUUCUCCGUUUCCUUCCGGCAUCCCGCCGCUCUUCGUCCUCUGUAAACCCUAACCCUCUCUUCCAUUCUCUCGAAGCGUCUCCAAUGGCGAUCGACCUCCCCUGCGACGGUGACGGCGUCUGCAUGGUUUGCAAGGCGGCGCCGCCGGAGGCGGAGGUGGUGGAGUGCCGCACCUGCGCCACCCCCUGGCACGUCCAGUGCCUCUCCGCCCCGCCGGAAUCCAUGGCCUCCCUUAUCGACUGGCAGUGCCCUGACUGCUCUCCUCCCCCGGAGGGCCUCCACACCGCCGGCGCCGGCGGUGCCUCGUUGUCCUCCGCUGCUGCACCGGCGGGGGAGAACGCGGGAUUGAUCGCGGCCAUCCGGGCGAUCGAGGAGGACUCCUCGCUGACGGAGCGGGAGAAGGCGAGGAAGCGCCAGGAGCUCAUCGGCGGCACCGCUACCGCCUCCGCCACGGCGGACGAAGAGGACGUGAAAGGGAAGAAGGUUGCGAUCGGGGAUAACGAUGUUCUUGCCCUCCUGGACGAUAAGUUCAAGUGCGUUUUCUGCAUGCAACUCCCGGAGAGGCCUGUCUCUACACCAUGUGGACAUAAUUUCUGCUUAAAAUGCUUCCAAAAGUGGGUCACUCAAGGGAAGAGCACAUGUGCAAAAUGUCGGACUUCUAUCCCACUGAAAAUGGCCGCUCAGCCCAGAAUCAACUUGGUGCUUGUUGCAGCUAUCCGUAUGGCAAAGAUUGCAAAGAGAAUCACAUCUGAUGUUCCACAACAUGUCUAUCAUUUCCUGCACAAUGAGAACAGACCUGAUAAGGCAUUUACAACUGAGAGGGCCAAGAAGCGUGGGAAAGCAAAUGCUUGCAGUGGCCAAAUCUUUGUUACAGUUCCUUCUGAUCAUUUUGGUCCAAUACUUGCAGAGCAUGACCCAAAGAGGAAUCAAGGUGUGUUGGUGGGAGAAACUUGGGAAGACAGGAUGGAAUGCAGGCAGUGGGGUGCACAUUUUCCCCACGUUGCCGGGAUUGCUGGGCAAUCUGAGUAUGGGGCUCAGUCAGUUGCACUCUCAGGAGGAUAUAAAGAUGAUGAAGAUCAUGGAGACUGGUUUCUCUACACUGGCAGUGGUGGACGUGAUUUAAGUGGAAACAAGCGCACAAACAAGGAGCAGGCAUUUGACCAGGAAUUUGAUAAGCUUAAUCAGGCUCUACGGGUUAGUUGCUUGAAAGGCUAUCCUGUCCGAGUGGUGAGGUCUUGCAAAGAGAAGCGGUCUUCGUAUGCUCCUGAAUCUGGUGUGCGCUAUGAUGGAAUAUACAGGAUUGAAAAAUGCUGGAAGAAAAUUGGAAAUCAAGGUACUUAUAUGGUCUGCCGAUACCUGUUUGUGCGAUGUGAUAAUGAACCAGCUCCAUGGACCAGUGACGAGCAUGGUGAUCGCCCAAGACCCUUGCCUGUCAUUAGAGAAUUGAAGAAUGCAACUGAUAUUUCUGAAAGGACGGAAAGCCCAGCAUGGGAUUAUGUUGAAGAAUUUGGGUGGAAGUGGAUGAAGCCUCCACCAAUAAGUAAGAAGCCUGUGACAGCUGUAAAUCCUGAAGAGAGCAAAAGAGUGAAGCGAGCCAUAAGGCAUGCCCAGAGUAUAUCUGUGAGGGAGAAACUCUUGAAAGAAUUCAGCUGCUUGAUUUGUCGGAAUGUGAUGGUUUUACCACUCACAACUCCCUGCGGUCAUAACUUUUGCAAGCAGUGUUUGCUUGGGUCAUAUGCUGAUCAGUCUUUUGUGAAGGAGAGGACAUGCGGUGGUCGGACCCUUCGAGCUAAGAAAAUUGUUAAAACUUGCCCUAAUUGCCCAACUGAUAUAGCCGAUUUCUUGCAGAAUCCCCAGAUCAACAGAGAGUUGAUGGACCUGAUAGUAUCAUUGCAGCACAAGUCUGACAAGGAUACUGCAGAGCAACAAAAUGGGCCCGAUGCUGUUCUGAUCGAAGAAUGUAUCGAAGAUGUAGGGGAGGAAGCUCUUGAGUUAGCAUAUGCGAAUGGGGAUGUGAAUCUUGCAAAAGAGCAAUUGGUUGAGGAAGGAAUGCCGUCUGGCGCUAACCCACUGUUGUCCUCCAAGCGGAAGAAAACUGCUGUUCCCAGAACUGGUAGUAAAAGGACCAGAAAAAGCGAACAAGUAAAUGAUGAUGCAGGUCACAAAAAAUUAUUAAAUGGGAAGAUAUCUGAUGCUGCGGACAAGAAACCAGUUAAUGAAAACAAACAACCUGCUUCUGGCGCGGCAAGCAAAGUGUUCUGAAGAAAACUAGGAAGACUAGAAAGUCUAAUAAGGCUGAGGCUCCAUCGAAUCCUCUCAAGGCCCAAGAUGAUGAUGAUGCCUUCCAGUGCAUGGUGAUGUUUUGCAAUUUAUCAGGUUGUGUUUCUAAAGUAUUCAUCCUUUUGUCUGCUUUUAUUGCUGGAAAAUUGAAAUGCAGCAGUAGGCUGUUGGGUUCUGAACGGCUCCUUUUUGGUUCCUGAUGUUAUUACUGUCAACAUUGUUUUUCUUUAAAUGUUUUUUUAUCAGCUAUUUUAGAUUCCAAGAUUAAUACCGGUAACAAUAUUCUCCUUUUUGUUUGUGUUUUAAUAGCUCUGUUUUAAGUCUUUUACAUUUCUAUGUUCUUAUUGUGCGAAUGUGAUGUGCUUCGUUCCAAGCCAAUUUACAGCAGUUUUGAGAAGGUCAUUAUGUCCAAGAAUUACUGCAUGGAACUUUCUAUGCUUCUGGGGCUAUGGUGUGCUCUGCUCUAUGCCGUGCGUUCUCAGUCAAGUGGUAGCAGGAAGCUGACUUGUGAUAUGACAUCAAGUUUUGUUUGUCUGGAAUUUUGAUUCUCGUCCUGCUAUCUGUUUUUGACAAAUAAAUCUUGCUCGUUUCUAGUAGUUAUAUCAGAUCAGAUAGCCUUGCCUUUAUUUAUUUAUUUAUUUUUGAUUGAAAGUAUUGUCUGUUUUUAUGACCAAUAACUUUAGGGGGGUGUUUGUUAUGAGAUGAUGACCUCAAGAACGAUUGUGAUGUGGGUGGAGGUGACAAGGUUACUGUGCUUGGUUGCAUGUUGAGCUAAACUUUGGAGAUAGAAAUGCCUUUUGUUCGCAUGGAAAAAAAUGGCCUAACUUUCCUCCGGGUUUUGAGAAAAACGUUCUCUUUUCUUCAUAAUUGCAGCUCUUUCGGGUUUGCACGAGUAUAAAAUAUAUCUAUAGGAGUUCCUUGUAAUAGAAAUUUGGGUUAUUGUUUUUAGAAUUCAGUAACUUCAAGUUUUUCCCUGCUUCCAAGUCAAAGUUUGUAGUUUUAGGGAUUUUCUGUGUUUCCAGUUAAUUAUUAUUUCUUUAUCGUCACAACUCCUUCAACUUGCACAUGGGUUUUAGUGUGAGUUAUUUUUCUUUUGGUCUAUUACAGAGUGGAUCCACUCAAUUUUUUUUAUGGGAAAGUUUGGUAGUUCCCUAGAUAUUUUGACAGAUUUUUAUUAUUAUUUUAAUUUUUGGUCUCGUUGAAUUGGUUUGGAAUGAUAUGUUUUGAUAAUUUCAUUUAUAUUGAUGUGUAUUUUUCUAUGAUUUAUUUAAAAAUUCUGUUUAGUAGAUGCAUAAUAUAUGAAAUAUAUUAAGAAUAGUUUUGGUAUUAUAUAAUAAGUAAUUUUGGAUUUAUGUAGCAUACCAAAUAAGCUAAUCGCGAACCCUAGAGAUCUUUAAUAGCAUAUCAAAUGUUGGGAUCUUAAAUCGUCAAGGAUUAGAUUACUUCGGAAUUACGAUGACUAAUAAUCUAAGAUCACCAUGGGGACCAUAUUUGAAUCAACCAAAUGCCACCUCAACCUUUUUGCAUUGGUUACAUAAGAUAGCAAUGAUUCAAGUUAGAUUGUGCAGGAACCUUUAAUGCUUGUAAAAUCUUGUUAGCUUAGUUAUCAUGUAGUAAUGUAGGUUCCGAGAAUUUAUCCUGACUUGUGCUGCUAGUGUCAGAUUUGCUGCAGCUAUUGUCAGCUAGGAUUGUUUUUCUGUUUUUUAAAUUUGAUUAGGUUGCUUCAUCAAGAUUAUUUUAUCUAUUUGUUCUCACAAAUGAUCAAAUAAACAAUCUAUUUGCAACCUUUAUUAUUUAUCAUAUUAUAAAAAAAUAUUAUUUAUCAAGAUUUGUUGUUUCGGUGCUAGACCCAUACCGGUGCUCCAUUUGCACAUUAUCGGUACAGUAUGAAAUUUUAUUGACAUACCGAUUAUCAGUACGCCACUCAUACCUAAUACUGGUACCGAACUAGUACAGUAUGAUAUGUUCUAUUAUUUUGAAUCCAUGAGAGAGUGAGAGAGAGUGAGUGAGAGAGAGAGAGAGAGAGAGCACCUAUGACUAUAAGCAUUAAUUGAAUCCAUAUCUUUAUUUAUCUUUUGACAUAAUGUGCUUUGGAAUUUUUGAAAACAUGAUGAGAACUUAUGAAAUGCAGAUAAUGGUUUCAACCUAGUCGAGCUGCCAAAUACUAUCAACGCUUCAUCAAGAUGGUGAAGUUGUAUAUCUAAGAAAUGUGAAAAGAGAAGCAAAAUGAGCAACCUCUGCUGAGGUUCGAGUGCUUUGGUAGUGACAUUUCCCAAAUAUUAUGUGGUUCUGCUACAGGCUGUUGGUUCCACAUCUGGUCGAUUACAAGGAGGCCCCAAACGAGAGGAAGAAGACACACAUUGCUACAAUAUGUGGGUUGGAAAAAACUCUUUAGCACUUCUCACCCGCAGUAUGCCUGAGAUUUACAUGCUUUCUUGUGUUAACCAAUAGGUAUGUUUGUAGAAGAUUUGAGAAUCCAAGAUCCAGAUAUGUUUGGGAGCAAAGGUUGCAAGGGGAUGGAUGAUGGAUGCUUUUACACGACAAGGUAUGUUCAGAGGAGCAUGCGCUCUACCAUUUCCAUUGUUGGACAAUUUGUUACUAGUCUGGAUGGCUUAAACCUUUUGGUUUGGUUCGCAAAAAAAAAAGAAAAAAAAAAAAAGAAAAAAAGAAAGAAAGAAAGAAAAGUGAGAUAUAUGGAAAAAUAAAAAGAUGCUUCAUAUUUGAUUGGAGUUUUUAAAUAAGAGAGAUACAAAAGUGACUUUCUCCAUAGGAAUAAGAUCCAUAUAUUUUACGAAAAAGAAAAACUCGUAUAAAAUAUGAAAAAGUUUAAUUUUCAUCAGAUAGUAAUUGAGAUUGUUUUUUCAGAAAUAUUUUUAAGUUUUCAGAUAGAAUAGGAUCUUUUCUUUAUUAACGAUAUAAUAGAUAUUUUAGAUAACUUUUUCAGAAAAGUAGAUACUUAACUAAAAUAUGCCACUUUUUCAUGACCAAGAAAAUAUAUAAAAAUUAUUUUUCCAUGCAUGAUAUAUUCAUGUAUUAGUUUUUUUUACAAAAUAUUUUAAUGAAAAAAGAACGUUGUUGUUUCAAUUAAAACAAAAAAAACUUCCAACGUAUUCCGAGAGAUAUAUUAGAAAGAACAAAAGCUCGGAGGUCUGUAUUCCGAGAGCAAUCGACUUCUAAUGUAUUCUUUUUCGCAAUUCGCAUGAGUCCACGUAUUCAUAUUUUUCCAAUGGGGCAUGACCUGUCGACAUCCACCUAUUGCUGUCCCCCAAAAAUUCCAACGUGCUCGUAGCUGCGGAAGCGAGCUAAAGGUGACAACCUAGGGGCCUCAAAUACACUGAACCUUUCAUAGGUGGAGAACCGGACUUUGGAGGGGAGAAGGCAUAAAGAGAACGGUGCAUCCUACUUUAUCAAACAUGUUAUGUCUUUGUGGGCAGUGAAUUAGAAGCAUAGACUUAUCCCCUUUAUAAUCUUUUCCCUUUAAGUUUUUAGGAGGAGAGGACCUCCUAGGCCUUAUAGAGUACCUAGUGAUGUGAUGUAAAAAGGGGAUCAGAGAUGCUUAGAGGUGGCAAAAGAGUACAUAAUCACAAAAAUAAAUUACUAUAUAUAUUUAAAUUAGAGCCAACCGUAGAUUAGAAUUGAGAAAAAAAAAACAAAAGCCACCUCUAAACAAUCCAAAACCUGAAGCACCACCAAAAAUGAAUAUAGUUUAAACUCGUCGCAUUCAUGAUGAGCUCUAGUUUGGUUCUUCUUUAAUUGUUCACUCAACAUGCCUAUGGAUGCGAUUUUCAAUUACGUACAGUCGGUGAUUGUAUAUAUUUUGGCCUUUUCAACUAUUUAAUUAUUUAUGCUGUGCUGCAGCUUGUUUUGUUAGAUGGUAGAAAUUUUUUGAAUCACCUAUAUAUUUCGUGAAAUGGAUAGGAUUUGAUCUUUUACAAUGUCUUCAGCAUUAAAACUAUUAGUUGCUUAUGUUCAUCGCUAGUUAGCUUAAGGUCUUGGCAUGGUGAGGGAUGAUGUUUUUCAAUGUAAGUCCAGCGCUUGAUGAUCAUUCAACUCCAUUGAAAUUUAGUAAUCGUAAAGAGAAAAAGAUAUAAUUUUAGUGCCAAAUAAAAUUGAAGAGGUGGAGGGAGCA